AUGCUGAUUGAUUGGUGCGAUGACGAUUGGAUAUUUUACAUCAACGAACUCUUUGAUGGAAUCAAACCACUUGUUGACAAAGCGAGAACUCCUGCCAUAAAAGACGAGUCGGCCCUUACCAAAGACGUGAAAAUCAUAACUGGUCUGGCUGAAUCUCCUUCGAAAAAGCUCUCUCAUAUGACAAGUCUCGAGUCUGGGACAACCCGCAGUCAAAGCAAUGAAAAAGAGGAUCCGUGGGGUGAUCUUAACGAACGAGUUAAAAGACUCGAGAGACUUGAGGUGUUUUCUUUUGACGAGCUACAGAAACUACAACAGGGCUUGGAGACGAUCCAGGAAGCGCUCCUGGUUCUCAAGUUAAACAACCAAGUCAUCAGACAGAUCCGCGAGCACUACCAAUGUCUUAUGACUCAGUAUCGGCUUCCCGCUCUAAAAGAGAUCAAGAAAGGUUGCGAGGAUUCGUUUCUUCGAUAUUGUCGGCACUCUCGAAAUAUUGAGGCCAAUAUAGACGCCCAUCAGGCGCAGCUCAAUGCGCUGCUAUUGCUCGUCAAAGAGAGCAAAGAAAUGUAUAAUACCAUUCUCCAAUACAAAACCAUUCAGAUCAAUAAGAUCUAUGCCGAGAGCGCUCACUUGUCGACUCGGAAUAUGGAGAAUAUCGCCAGCAAGACCAAGCAAGAGACGAGCUCGAUGCAUAUCAUCACUUUUGUGACUCUGAUUUUCCUCCCUGGAACAUUCAUGGCUUCUUUCUUUCAAAGCGGUAUCCUUGAAUGGCCUCAAGUGGGCGCAAAGGCGCCAUGGAGACUGAACAAGGAGAUUUUCUCUCUAUUUUUUGGUCUUUCCGCCACUAUCACGAUCGUCACCAUUGCUAUUUGGAUGAUCAUUCUUUUCAUGCUGCGCAGGCCGCAAAGCGAAAGAGUCAAACAAGCAUCUUAG